GCCGCGGGCCCCUCCAGAGCACGUGAUGCUGCUGUCACCCUCAGCCCUCUGCCUCGUGCUCGCCGCGGUUUCUUCCAACCUCGCCGUCGCCAUCAGAAAGGGCAAGAGGCCUCCUCAGACACUCGCACGAGUUAUUACCAAAAAGUGAACAAAUCAAAAGCAAAACAACAAGAAAAAACAGGGAAAUGUGUUUUAUCUUACUGCACAAUUCUGCGUUAUCAUGUCCAGCCAUCUUUUCGCCGUGGUACCAAAACCAGAAACUGCAGUCUAAUGGAUGGGGCGAUGACAUCACUUGGGUGCAGACUUAUGAAGAAGGUCUCUUCCAUAUUCAAAAAAGUAACAAGCCGUUGAUGGUUAUUCAUCACUUGGAGGACUGCCAGUACUGCCAAGCUCUCAAAAAAGUGUUUGCUCAAAAUGAAGAAAUACAAGAAAUGGCUCAAAAUAACUUCAUCAUGUUGAAUCUCAUGCAUGAGACCACAGAUAAAAAUUUAUCACCAGAUGGACAAUAUGUGCCCAGAAUCAUGUUUGUGGAUCCUUCUUUGACAGUCAGAGCUGAUAUAACUGGAAGAUACUCUAAUAGGCUGUAUACAUAUGAGCCUCGGGAUUUACCAAUACUGAUAGAAAACAUGAAGAAAGCAUUAAAACUUAUUCAAUCGGAAUUAUAAGGGAUUACCUUAAAGAGGUGAAAUGUCAUGAAGACCACCUUCUGGCUAAUGGACUAAUACUAAAUGUGCAAGUAUAUGGAUCCUGUAACAUUACUAGUUAGAUUUUUUAAUACUUUGUUCAUUGUAAUUUUCCCAUUAUUAUUUAUCCCUCUUACAUGUGUCUGAAAUAUUCUUAUAAAGGUAAAAUUAUAGCUUAAUAAAUGUCAGAACCAGAGCAUGACAAUGUAAUAGUUAGCCUGCUGUCUGCCAGGGUAACAAAGAAAGCUCAUCACAAGCUAGAGCUGGGUUAGGGGAGAGACAGGAGGGGCCUUAAAUAAGAGGGGCCUUAAAUUAGAGCUGGGUUAGGGGAGAGACAGGAGGGGCCUUAAAUAAGAGCGGCCUGCACUGGUUUCCUUUAUUCUUUUCACUUCGCAUGCACUCCACCAGGGAACCUGCUGUAUCUGCUCCUCUGCUGUAUCUGCUCCUCUGCUGUAUCUGCUUCUCCACUGUAUCUGCUUCUCCGCUGUAUCUGCUGUCUUGAGCCUGCUAGAGCAGGUCAUAAAUAAUGUGCAUGUUGCGGAGCAAAUGCAUGUAGCUUUGUGCACUUAUUACUUGAACUUUCGACAGCAUAUUUCAGAGUUAACCAUUUACUUCUUUUCUGCCUUAAAUUAAAGUAGACAUUUAAAAACCAAUUACUAUAAAUCAAAUAUAUCUUUCAAAAUUUUAACUAUGUAUUUUUCUUAAUAUAAUUAUUGGGCAGAUAUUUAACACUUUUAAUAAUUUUAAGAAAAGUGUAACUACCUCUGGAAGACCAAAACUUUUCUCCAGUUAACUGGCAGGAGAGGAUUGCAUCCCAUCUGAAAUUACCGAACAUCUAACCACCAGUUCAGUUCUUCCCAGAAAGUCCUGGAGGAUCCGUACCAUGUCCUCUGUUCCUUGACAUACCACAAAAAUUCCUAAUUUUUUAAUGGAACAAAAAUUCUUAUGAUCAGCUGGGAAUAAUUUUCAGAAGCAAGAGAAUAUUUCAGAUAGACAAAAAUUUUCCUCCCCCUAGGAUUUGAUUGCUUUUUUAAUUAUUUUGAGAUAUAAAAGUAUACUUUAAUAUGAGAUAGAUAUGCAAUGUCUAUGGCAUAGAUUUUUUAUUAAUUCCACUGUUCCAUGAGUCAGAGAAAGAAAAGUAUUUUCCAGGUUUUAUGUCAUCAGUAUUCCAUUCAUUUAAAGCAGAUUUAAUAACUAACCUAUUUGGGUAUAAGUAGGUUACUUGACCAGUAACUAGAUGUCAGUGCUGGGUAUCUAUGUGCAAAAAAAAUAUUAAACAUCUUAUAUUUCAUUUUAGAUCAAAGUCUGAAAGUUGGUUUUUUAAUGAAUGCUAAGACAUCAAAGUGGACUGGCAUGCUCUGGUUUGAGGAUUUAAAGCUUGAGGACUGUAGUAAUAUAGCUGACUCUGCAGUGCCACCGAUAGGGCAGAGGCAGAAAAUGCCAGUGAACUAAGAAAAGGCCCAUUGACAGUUUAGUGCUGUUUUAAGAACUAAUAAGUGAAAUAAAAUGUUCGCUUCUUCUGCAUUAGUAUAAAAAUGUUACUCAGUAAUAAAAUGAUUCUUCUUUAACAUAAAAA